AUGAGCUCGCACCACCCGCCGGCGAAGGACGAAAACCCAUUCGGAUACACCUUCAACACCGAUGACAUCGACCAUGCCGCCGCCGAGGAGAACGUCACCGCCGCCGGCCCGCCCUUGCUGAGCGAGGACCAAUGCUCUCACCUGCAGAGCUUCUUCGACCAUGGGCCCUUCAACACCUUCACAAACAACUUCACCUUCAGCGACGCCGACCUGCACGCUUCCAAUGACCUCGCGCACGCCUUCAACUAUGACAUCUUUGCCGAGCCGCCCCCCAACUUCCACGGCACCAUCAACGACGCCACCCAGCCCAGCAGCAUAUUUGGCGGCCUGGACCGGCCCAUGGCCGCAGCCUACGCCGUGCCAUCCCACAACGAUGCGAGAGGAGGAGCUUCCGAUGAAGUCAUUGGCGCUGCGAAUGCUCUCCUCUCCGGCGCGCAGCCGCAGGGUGAUCCCACGUAUGCUGAGAAGGAAUGGGGCAACUACAUGGGCCUGCCGAGCCCUCCGGCAUCCGCGGCUUUUACCUCUGCAUCAGACCAACGCAACUUGACCGCACUGGCGACCGCCAAUCAUGACACCAAGGCCGCAGCCCCGAGCUUCUUUGAUCCGCACACCUUUGCGAGCCUGGGGGCGUCUUCCUCGGGCGCUUCGCGGCCACAGCCCGAUGCCAACUUUGGAACCGACACGUCCUUCAGCGGGGGCGUGUACACGGCUCCAUCAAAGACCGACACCGAGGGGACCGCUUGGGGCCGCAUGUUACAAGACAUGCGGGGGGGACUGCGUCUGUCGGAGAGUGGUCCGAAUACUCGCCCGCCUACACAACCGAGCAGCCCAACACUAUCAACGCGGCCUUCGUUUGACUUCGCAACAUACGGCCAGGGCGCUCACCAAGUGAAACAGCAGCCGAGUAGCCCAAAGCAUACCAUCUACUCCCUUGGAAUCAUUCCAAUUGAACCAACACCCGCCGCGUCUGAUGACGAGUCCGCAUCAGACGGCGACAUCAGUCCUGGCGGUAGACCCGUCAAACGACGCCGCACCAUCAACGAGAGGGGGCUCCCAGCCCGCCCAAAGUUGAGCGAAGUUUCACUUCCUUCAGCUUCGUCGCAGCGGUCGUCCUCGUUCAGCGGGGCUGCACGCCCGCGAAAGCAGAGGGAUUCCACUGUCGACACCCCAGCGAAGAAGCGAGCUGCUUCCAAGCAGCCUCGAGAGAAUCUGACCGAGGAACAGAAGCGCAGCAAUCACAUCCAGAGCGAACAAAAACGGCGUAACCUCAUCAAGCAGGGUUUUGAUGAAAUGAACGAGCUUGUUCCUGCCCUGAGGGCUGGCGGCUUCAGCAAGAGCAGCACUCUCCUGGAAGGCGCAAAGUUCCUCGAAGACCUCAUCGUUGGUAAUCAAAUCCUGCGACGGGCGCUUGGAGAGGUUUGA